UUUUUUUUCAAUAUAUAUGAAAAUGAUGGAAUUCCCAAACCACAUUCAUAUCGUUUGAAAUAUAAAACGUCAAAAUUAUCUACUUUUCAAUAGUUCCUGUGUUCACAUAUUUUUUCUCUAUUCUGUUUAAUAAUGCUUACAAAUAGUGAUUAUGGAUGAGGAUAUGAUCAUUAAUCAUUUAUAAUAAUCAUCAAAAUUAUGAGUCGACGUCAUUUGAUUGUUUACAUGAUGAUGGUUUAGCUUUUUGGUUUAAGAUUCUUUAUAGCCAUCAUAAUCAUUAUAUUUUCAUCGUCAGCAAUUAUUGAAUACGUUAUUGUUGUUAUUCAUUGUUGAUCGUUGUCUGCGAUUUAUAAAAAAAAAAUAUAUGAAUCAGAAUUCAAGGGCGGUGGCAUCUGCAUAACAAGAAUGAACGACAAUUCAUGAAAGUAAAAGCAAGGUGAACGAGCUCGAGUCUGUGUUUGUGUCAUUCAAUAGUGUUUUUGUUAGCAUGUUUAUAUUAUUAUAUCCGAACAACCGAAGAAAAAUUCGGUUAUUCUGGAACCAUUUUAGCCAAUGAAGAAUUCUCAUCUAAUUUCAUCGAUACAAAAAAUACUCAAUAGUCACCAUUGCAAUAAAUCCAUUGAAUGUAAUUAUGAUCCAUAUUUAGGCACUUAUUCUGGAUUUGUUGGCGGUAAUCUUGAAACCAUUGCCCUAUUGAUUGAUUUUGAAUUAUUCUUCAUGACAACAUUGAUUCUAGCUAUAUAUUAUUUUUCAAUAUUUGCUUCAACUAUAAUUCCCAAGACAGUAUUUGAAUUUGUCUAUAAUUUAUUGGCCUUUAUUUCUCAACUAAUUGUUUCGCUCAGUUUAUUGUUAACAUUGAUAAAUCGAAAUCAAAAUGAUGACGGAUUUCCUGCCGAACCAGGAUUCAAAGGCAAACUUACUAGUUCGAUAUUCGGUCUGAUCGUUUCAAUCAUUUAUGGUAUCGAUGCUUGUUUUUCCUAUCAAUCCUAUAUUAAAAGCUGAUCUGUAUUUAUUGUUAAAUAAUCAUUUGAUUAUAAUAUUUUGUAUAUAUAAACAAUAUAGUACAAAAAAUAAACUUUGAUCUUAUUCAAACA